AGGUUAAAUUUCAGGAAAGCCUUUGACACAAAAUAAAGGCGGAGUGUAAAGUGAAAACAAAAGUACUGCGAGUUAGAGAGAGCAUUUGAUUUUACUCUCUGCACUCAACACUGCUUGCUCCUUCCUUUCUGCUGACUGAAACAGAUUGCAGCCAUGGCUUUGGAAGACAACCAGUCAACAGAUUACUAUUAUGAGGAAAAUGAACCCAAUGGCACUCAUGACUAUAGUCAGUAUGAAAUAAUCUGUAUAAAAGAAGAAGUCAGAAAAUUUGCAAAGAUUUUUCUCCCUGUCUUCCUCACAAUAGCUUUCAUCGUUGGACUUGCAGGCAAUUCCAUUGUAGUGGCAAUUUAUGCCUAUUACAAGAAACUGAGGACCAAAACAGAUGUGUACAUCCUGAAUUUGGCCGUGGCAGAUUUACUCCUCCUAUUCACUUUACCUUUUUGGGCAAUUAAUGCAGUUCAUGGGUGGGUUUUAGGGAAGAUGAUGUGUAAAGUAACUUCAGCCUUAUACACUGUAAACUUUGUCUCUGGAAUGCAGUUUCUGGCUUGUAUCAGCAUAGAUAGAUAUUUGGCAGUAAGUAAAGCCCCCAGUCAGGCAGGGGUGGGAAAACCAUGCUGGAUCAUCUGUGUCUGUGUCUGGAUGGCUGCCAUCCUGCUGAGUAUACCACAGCUGGUUUUUUACACGGUAAACGACCAUGCUAGGUGUAUUCCCAUCUUUCCCCAACACCUAGGAACCUCAAUGAAAGCUUCGAUUCAAAUGCUAGAAAUCUGUAUUGGCUUUGUAGUGCCCUUUGUUAUUAUGGGGGUUUCCUACUUUAUGACAGCAAGAGCACUCAUCAAGAUGCCAAAUAUUAAAAUACUGCGACCCCUCAAAGUCCUGCUCACAGUGGUCAUAGUCUUCAUUGUCACUCAGCUGCCUUAUAACAUUGUCAAGUUCUGCCGAGCCAUAGACAUCAUCUACUCCCUGAUCACGGACUGCGACAUGAGCAAACGCAUGGACGUUGCCAUCCAGGUCACGGAAAGCAUCGCCCUCUUUCACAGCUGCCUCAAUCCGGUCCUUUACGUUUUUAUGGGAGCCUCUUUUAAGCACUACAUUAUGAAAGUGGCCAAGAAAUACGGGUCCUGGAGAAGACGGAGACAAAACGUGGAGGAGAUUCCUUUUGAUUCUGAGGGUCCCACAGAGCCGACCAGUACUUUUAGCAUUUAAAUGUAAAACCGCUCUGCCUUUUGCUUGGAUACACAUGAAUGAUGCUUCUUCCUCAGAUAAAACAUCUGCAUUACUCUGAAA